AUGGUAUUGCUCCUAUUUAAUCAAAUAUAAGCAUUUAUUUAAGCAAACCUGAAAGUAGGAUUAAAAUAUGUCUUCUUUUAUCUCGAAGAAGACAACUAAACUAAGAAUAAAUAUUAAAGAAAUAAUAAUGAAAGCAAUAAAACAGUCCCAUAAAAGUCGAGCACCUGA